AUGGCCCGCCACCCCACUGGAGCAGAACGAGGACCAGUUGCAGCGCCACCACCUUGGAAGGGCCACCGGCCACCCGUGACACCGCCAACCACCACCACCAGUCGGAUCUGGACAGGGGGUGCCAGAUCCGCCGCCAGCACGCCCCCGGGCCUCCAGCCCCCACGAGCCAAGGAGGAGGGGAGGAGGGAAGGAGGGAGCGCCGGCAGUCCACCAGGACGCCAGGAGGAGGGAGGAAAACAGAGCAGCGGCCGACCGGCGCCCGGCACCACCGAGCAGGGAAGGGCGCCCCGCGCCGCCCGCCACCUGCGCGUGGGAGGAAGACGCCUCGCCGCCGCCUGCGCCACGCGGCCUUUGGCCGGCGACGCCACCUGCGGCGGCGAGGGAUGGGGGGCGGGGCGAGGAGACGGGGGCGGCAGCGCUAGGGUUGCCUCCCGGGGACGCCCGCGGGAGCGCCUCGGGAGGGGAGGGUUGGUUUCCAGUCAAGAACGGAGGGAGUACAUCAAUGGUGGCUUUUUUAGUGCUGGCGGUUAUCAAUGGGCUAUAGGUUUGUAUCCCAGUGGUUAUCCCAAGAGUGUGGCUGGCUUCAUAUCCGUUUUCCUUCUUCUUAAACAGGAAGUUGCACAGCCUGUGAAAGCGCACGUGCAGUUUAGUUUCGUUGAUGAGGUCGACCAGCAAGAGCACGCACGCAUCCGUGCACAGACAUCAGUUGGGUUUACUCGGUGUGGCCAAGCCUGGGGUCCCAAUCGUUUCAUAAAAAAAUAGGAGCUUGAGUAGUCAAAGCAUCUCAAGGAUGACUCUUUCACCAUCCGAUGCGAUUUUAUCAUCCCUGAACCUGCUGCUGCUGCCUUCAUCAAGGUUGGCGCCGACGUGACAUUCGAGGUUGGCCAUGAGACGUUCGCCGCUCACCGAUGCGUGCUUGCGGCAUGUUACACCGUCUUCAUGGCGGAGCUCUUUGGCCCCAUGCAGGAGGGGACCACAUCCGGUGCCAUACACAUACAAGACAUGGAGCCAGGCGUGUUCAAGGCGCUGCUUGGUUUUGUCUACACCGACUCAAUGCCCAAGAUGGAGGUGGAAGGAGAAGCCGGAGCUGAGAUUACGUGGCUGUGGGACUUGCUUGCCGCGGCGGACAGGUACGAUCUUCAGCGGCUCAAGUCGAUGUGUGAAGAGAGGUUGUCGGAGCACAUAGAUGUGAGCUUGGUGACUGCCAUCCUUGCCCUAGCUGCGCAGCAUCACUGCUCCGACCUGAAGGAGGCCUGCCUGGAGUUCCUCAAGGUUCAAUCCGCUGCGGACUUGCGACAAGUCAUGGCGACCAGUGACUGGGAGCGCAUAGCUGCAACCAAUCUCUCUGUUCUGAAUGAGCUCAUCACCAAGUUUGCUUCAAGAGUGUAG